AUGAGCAUCAGCGAAAGUCGCGUAGCUGGACCUAAGAUGAAUGAAAUGCGGCUUCAAGGUCUCUUCUUACGAGUAUCGAGGGAUCUUCUCUCAUCAACCCUCAUCGCCAAUGGCACGAACUACACAACGUCUUCCCUCAUCCACACGGCUGAGCUCAGAAACCUGGACACUGGCGCAGCGUUUUACUUCUCAAGACACGACCAGUCGACAUCGACUGCACUGACCACGACGCAGUUGACUGUGACGACAUCUGCUGGAACUAUACUUAUCCCUUCAACUGGAAGUUUGACGUUCAACGGUCGGGAUAGCAAGAUCAUCGUCACAGACUACGUUUUUGGACAGAAUAACUUCAAAAUGCUGUAUUCGACGGCUGAGGUUAUGACCUGGACGACGAUUGGUUCUACUGACGUCAUUAUCCUCUACGCGCCCUCAGGCCAGAGUGGAGAGACUGCAAUUCAACUGACAAACCCCGUCCUAGACCUUUCAUCCUUCCCAAAUAUCUCAUCUAAAUUCUCUAACGGUCUCUUGACCUUGAAUUACAUCACUGGGGGUAGCCAACUUGUGCAAAUUCAAAAUGGCAAUACAAAUCUCGCAGUCUUUAUCAUGGACAAAGCUACUGCGAAUACAUGGCAUGCUCCCGUGCUGACUCAGAGUGGUACAUUUGGCAAUUACUUCUCGAUUGGAUCUAAUGCUACCGUACUUGUUGGAGGACCAUACCUCGUUCGAUCGGCCGCCGUGAUAAAUGAUACACUCGCCUUGGCUGGAGAUUUGAAUGGAACAACCACCAUCAAAGCCAUUGUUCCACCAAACGUCGAGAAGAUUACGUGGAAUUCUCAGCUUCUGACCUCUUCAAAGAACAGCUCCGGUCUUAUUAGCGCCAUUGCUCAAAGCAGCUUUCCAUCUCCUGCCAUCCCGCCGUUGCCCACUCUCACUAGGUGGAAGGUUUCUGGAAGUCUUCCGGAGAUCAGUCCCGACUUCGACGACUCUGGCUUUGCUACUGGUUCACAGACAACAACUAAUUACACCAACCUGCCGGUCCUCGCCGGAGAUAAAGUCUUGUAUUCCCAGCAAUACGGCUUCUAUGGAGGAAACCUCAUUUUCCGAGGCCAUUUCAACGCGACAGGUCAAGAAACGGCAAUCCAGACGACAGUUCAAUUUGGUUUCGCAGGUGGUUAUUCCGCAUGGCUUAACGGCGUGUUCUUGGGAUCGAGUCAAGGAAACUCGACUGUUAGCUUUACUACAGAUACUUGGAAAGUGACAUCUUCGAUGCUUCGUGUAGGGCGUGACAAUGUCUUUGUUAUUUUGCAAGACCACAUGGGCCAACGGCGGGAAGGAACCCCGCGGAAUUCGGGGCUUCGCGAUCAUAGGAGGAAGCGCAAAGGCGGAGCCGCGAACACCCCGGACACCUUCCGCGGAUACCUCAACGAAGGCGGGCUCUACGCAGAGCGAGUUGGCGCGCACCUCCCUGAUUUCCCGGACGCAUCUUGGGCAGACGGUACACCUCUCACAGGAGGAGGCGUCAAAGGGGCUGGGGUAAAUUUCUUCAGAACCACUUUUGAUCUUAGAGUGCCUGCUGGAAUUGACAUGCCCGUCCGGCUUUCUAUCACUCCCAGUGCUAUCACCUCCAACUUCCGAGCUCAGAUCUAUCUCAACGGGUGGCAAAUUGGGAAAUACAUCAACAACAUAGGCCCUCAAACUCUAUUCGUUCUUCCUGCAGGGAUCUUACGCCGCAAUUCGACCAACACACUAGCACUUUCCCUUUGGUCCCUUGAUGGGGGAGGUGCCAGCCUCGCAGGGUUGAACCUCGUAUCCGAUGGAACCUUCGAGACAUCCUUCCAGUUCAACGACUACGUGACGCCCGAUUAUGCAGACCAAGCACACCUGCGACCUGCUGCUAUCUUCGACGCGCCAAUGUGA